UUUGUAGAGAUGGGGUUUCGCCAUGUUGCCCAGGUUGGUCUUGAACUCCUGAGCUCAAACAAGCCUCCCACCUCAGCCUCCCAAAGUGCUGGGAUUAUAGGUGUGAGGUACUGCGCCCGGCUGGCCCAGGUUCUUAAAGUCUCCUCCUUGACGUACUCAUCACAGCUGUAAUUCAGUAUUUACAUAAUUGUCUCCCCACUGCCUUGUAGGCUCCAUAAGGGGAGGGGGCAUGUCUGUCUUCUUCAGACUGUAUCCCCAACUCCUGGCACACAGCAGGUGCUCAGUUAAUGUUUGUUCACAGGGAUUCUGUUGCCUCUAGUGGACUGGGACCUGGAGGCCUGAUGAGCUGAGGGUGGAUUAUCAGAUUAUUGCUGACAAGGGUGUCUGCCCCAGCAAGACCCCAUAGGCAGAGGGAGGGCAGGGUUCCCUCCUGGCCCAGGCCCUGGCUGAAGAAGGGCCCCCAAGGGCUUGUUCUUGGCUGUGCUGUGUGUCUCACUGCUGUUCUUUGCUUCCAUGUGCCACUGCGGUGAUGGCUCCAUGGCCUCUCCUGGACUGGCUGCGUGACCCCCAACGGCUGCUUCUGGCAACAUCAUGACAACAGAGAAGAGUUUAGUGGCUGAAGCCGAAAACUCACAGCACCAACAGAAGGAAGAGGGCGAGGGAGCCAUAAACUCAGGCCAACAAGAACCUCAGCAGGAGGAAUCUUCUCAAACAGCAGCUGAAGGAGAUAAUCAGUGUGAACAGAAGCUGAAAGCUUCUAAUGGAGACACUCCUACACAUGAAGACUUGACCAAGAACAAGGAGCGGACAUCAGAAAGCAGAGGCCUUUCACGACUGUUCUCGUCGUUUCUUAAAAGGCCCAAAUCUCAGGUGUCCGAGGAAGAAGGCAAAGAAGUAGAGUCAGAUAAAGAAAAAGGUGAAGGAGGUCAGAAAGACAUAGAAUUUGGAACCAGUCUUGAUGAAGAGAUCAUCUUAAAGGCCCCAAUUGCAGCUCCUGAACCUGAACUCAAAACAGACCCAUCUUUGGAUCUUCAUUCAUUAAGCAGUGCCGAAACACAGCCUGCUCAGGAAGAACUCAGAGAAGAUACAGAUUUUGAAACUAAGGAAGGAGAAGGACUUGAAGAGUGCUCCAAAAUAGAAGUAAAAGAAGAAAGCCCUGAAUCAAAAGCAGAAAGAGAAUUUAAAGCUUCCCAGAAAUCAAUCAGAAAACACAGGAACAUGCAUUGCAAGGUUUCUUUGUUGGAUGACACAGUUUAUGAAUGUGUUGUGGAGAAACAUGCUAAGGGACAAGAUUUGCUUAAACGAGUAUGUGAGCAUCUCAAUCUUUUGGAAGAAGACUAUUUUGGUCUAGCCAUUUGGGAUAACACAACCUCUAAGACAUGGCUGGAUUCCGCCAAAGAAAUAAAAAAGCAGGUUCGUGGUAUCCCUUGGAAUUUUACAUUUAAUGUGAAGUUUUAUCCACCUGAUCCAGCACAGUUAACAGAAGACAUAACGAGAUAUUAUUUAUGUCUUCAGCUUCGGCAGGACAUAGUUGCAGGACGUCUGCCCUGUUCCUUUGCAACCUUAGCAUUGUUAGGUUCUUACACCAUCCAGUCUGAACUGGGAGACUACGACCCAGAACUCCAUGGCAUGGAUUAUGUUAGUGAUUUUAAACUGGCCCCGAAUCAGACCAAGGAACUUGAAGAGAAGGUCAUGGAACUGCAUAAGUCAUACAGAUCCAUGACUCCAGCACAGGCUGACUUGGAAUUUCUUGAGAAUGCCAAAAAGUUGUCUAUGUAUGGGGUUGAUCUUCAUAAAGCAAAGGACUUGGAGGGAGUAGACAUCAUCCUAGGUGUCUGCUCUAGUGGCCUCCUGGUUUACAAAGAUAAGCUGAGAAUUAACCGCUUCCCUUGGCCCAAAGUGCUAAAGAUUUCUUAUAAACGUAGCAGCUUUUUCAUCAAGAUUCGGCCUGGAGAGCAAGAACAGUAUGAAAGUACCAUCGGAUUCAAACUUCCCAGUUACCGAGCAGCUAAGAAAUUAUGGAAAGUCUGUGUAGAACAUCACACGUUUUUCAGAUUGACAUCUACAGAUACCAUUCCCAAAAGCAAAUUUCUUGCACUGGGAUCCAAAUUUCGAUAUAGUGGCCGGACUCAAGCUCAGACCAGGCAAGCUAGUGCUCUAAUUGACAGGCCUGCCCCACACUUUGAGCGUACAGCAAGUAAACGGGCAUCCCGGAGCCUUGAUGGAGCAGCAGCUGCCGAUUCAGCAGACCGAAGUCCCCGGCCCACUUCUGCACCCGCCAUUACUCAGAGUCAGGUUGCAGAAGGCGGCGUCCCAGGUGCCUCCGCUAAAAAAACAGGGGUACCUAAAGCACAGAAGGAAACAGUGAAGGCUGAAGUGAAAAAGGAAGAAGAGCCACCUGAGCAAGCUGAGCCAGAGCCCACAGAAGCAUGGAAGGUGGAAAAAUCCCACAUCGAGGUGACAGUACCCACCUCAAAUGGUGACCAAACACAGAAGCUUGCAGAAAAAACUGAAGAUCUGAUAAGAAUGAGGAAGAAAAAAAGAGAAAGACUAGAUGGUGAAAACAUUUAUAUCAGACAUAGCAAUUUAAUGUUGGAGGAUUUAGACAAGAGUCAAGAGGAGAUCAAAAAACACCAUGCCAGCAUCAGUGAGCUGAAAAAGAACUUCAUGGAGUCUGUACCAGAACCACGGCCUAGUGAAUGGGAUAAACGCUUAUCCACUCACUCCCCCUUCCGAACUCUUAACAUCAAUGGACAAAUCCCCACAGGAGAAGGAAGUAUAAAUGGCAUUCGCACAGAGGAGGUGGCUGUCGUGACAAAGGGGCCAUCUACUAACCCUGACUCUGAAUGGGAGGGUCCCAAGCAUUCAGUAGUUCCUAGUAAAAGCCAGAUGACCACCCCGUCGGAGUCUCUGCAAAGCUUUGCCUUUGGCUCCCUCUCCAUAAGCAGCAAGGAGGCAGAAGAGAAGGAGGAGGGGACAGCUGGCUAUCUUGAUAUUAAGGAGAUGCCAAAAGGCCCAACUGGGGAAUCUAUAGGAGUGGAGGAACAGGCCAGUGCCUUAAAGUUCUCAGGAACACCAGCUUCCUGUCAGCUACAACCUGGUGAAAAAAAGGCAGAGAGUAGUGGAGAACAUGUCACACCAGGAGAGCCACUUGGAAAACAAAAUGGAUCAUUUCUUGACUUUCAUGUGGGUAACCAGUUCCAGUUCCCCACCCUCAUUCGAAGUUUCCAGCCUCCCCUGGUGAAGACUCAAACUGUCACAAUCUCAGAUAAUGCCAAUGCUGUGAAAAGUGAAAUCCCAACCAAAGACGUCCCUAUUGUCCACACUGAGACCAAGACCAUCACUUAUGAGGCUGCCCAGACUGAUGACAACAAUGGAGACUUGGACCCAGGAGUCUUGCUGACAGCUCAGACUAUCACAUCUGAGACCACAAGCAGCACCACCACAACUCAGAUUACCAAGACUGUAAAAGGUGGGAUAUCAGAGACGCGUAUCGAAAAGAGAAUUGUGAUCACAGGAGAUGCUGAUAUUGACCAUGAUCAGGUCCUCGUACAAGCCAUUAAGGAGGCAAAGGAGCAGCACCCAGACAUGUCAGUGACCAAGGUGGUCGUCCACCAGGAGACCGAGAUUGCUGAGGAGUGAGCUCAGGAACUAAGCUACCCCAACUCUCUGCCCUUCUCCCAUCCAAGAGAAACCAGCAAAGUGAUAAAGAAGCUAACCUGCCAUAGUCAAACUUCAGACUUUCAAGAUUAUUCUAAAUCACCAGAAAAUUAAUUUCAUUUUCUAUUGGGAGUUUAUACCAGGAGAUUCUUCUGGAUCUCAUUGAUCCUUUUGAAGAUCUUUUUCUAUAUUAGGAUAUAAGAAUUAUUCAACUUUUCACUCUACAAACUGUUUUAAGAGUUUCUGGGUUUUUUUUAAUUGGGUGGUUUGUAAUGCCUGCAACCUAGCCUCUGCUCAUUUUUUUCCAACCCCAACGCUGACAGGGUCCUUGGAAAUCCUCCAAGGACCCUGUCAGCUGUGUUGAGGCCAAAGCCAGCUUAGUGGGACUUCCGUGUUCCUCCCUAGUCUUAUGCCCUUUGGAUGAUGGCAGAAACUUCAUGAACCAGCCCUUUCUCAGAGCCAGUGAUGUGACUGUAUCAGAAUGCCAGGCAGGGCACCAGCGCUAAUCCACAGACCUCGGAACAAUACCCCUGUUCCUUUGCUGAGGGUAGUUUUGGUAAGGCAGAGCCCUCUGCUGAGAAUGUAGUAUUGUUUUUCUCUGUCUCUCCUGCUCUGUUCUUUUUGGAGCUUCUUUGGGUCAAAGACAUAAGAAGUUGCUUCAGAUAUCUGAUACUGUGAAUGUUUGAACAUAUGCGUGGCCUUCACCUCUCCAGCUACCCUUUUACCUCAUCAGAAGCAGUGGCUCAGCUAAGUGCUCCCCCCAGCUCCCAUCUCAGGAGACCAAAUCUCAUGGAAAAAUAAGCAUUUUUGGCCAAAAGCUCUAAUGGAACAUUUUUAGUGGUGAUUUGGGGAAGGAAAAUUAAUGAGGUUUUUAAAAUAAGGUUUUCUAGUUUCGAGAGUGUGCACUUCACACAGGAGAAUGAGGUUACCUCCGUCAGGUCCUGGGCCUUUCAUCCCAAAUGAUAAGGAAUGUGGAUCAGAGACGAGGUUGUGGGUUUGUUUUUUUUUUCACCUUUCUUCUCCCAGCAGGCACCUGCCUGAGGACAUCCUUCUAGAGCAAAGAACUGACUUUUAGGAGCCGUCCUCCCCACAAGCCACCACAUGACAAGGGAUACAAACACCAGCCCUGUUCACUCCCACUCACCAUCUGAGGUCUGUCAGGGUUCGAAGGCUUGAUUUUGUGGUGGGUUUGGGGCUUAGAUUUCCUUUUUUGGGGUUUGGUUUUUGAAAAUAAAGAUGAUGCCCUGAUUCCUGGAAGGAUUUGGGAGCAUUUUUAUUCAACAGAGCUUCUCUAACCUUCCAACUGCUUCCCACAAACACAUUGGCAUAGAGGCUCCUUAGAAUCCCAGUGCUGGGCUAGAAGUGAACUUCCUAUAGACAGUGGUUAAUGGGCAGCAGUCACUGGGCCCAAGAAGAGUGAGAGAAAUGUCUAAAGCUGCUUAUUCCAACACCAUCCAAAGUCUCCACUGCCUGAGUUUUGUUUCGGCUGGUUUGAACUCAUUUUGGGUGUGUGCAUUUUUCUUGUGGUACCUAUGUGAGGAAUGACCAACAGGAGGGAAACAAGAGCCCAGGUGGGCCGUGUGACAGGCUUGGGGGGAAAGAGCUUGUCCUACCUCAGGAACAAACUUACAGGCUGUGUCUGAAAGGUGGGGCCUUGGGGUGGUGCCUAAGCCUGGCCAUGUUGCCAGGAGUGGUAGCAAGUGAGAAAUGCAGCUUACAUCAAACAAACAUGUAGUGUGUGCCCACUGCCUGAUGGAUAGGUGUCCUGCGGAAAGAGCUCCCAGGGCUCCCGGACCUGUGGAACAAAUAGGAUGGUGAAAAGGCAAAGGGCACUGAGUAUCCCUUUAAAAACUUAACACACUGAAUAUUCCAUGUGAUCCAGAUCAGUGUGGCAGUGGCCUAAAUGUUUCCUUCAGCUCUGUCACCAGUUCACUUCUCCCAGCUUCCUUGUCUGUAAAUUGGACCAGAAGAACUCUGAUGCCUUUCAAGCUCUGAGAAGCCAUAGAUUUGGACAAGCCCAGCAAGAUGGGUGUCCUUCCAGGCCUCUUCCCCUUUCCUUCAUCUCUGGCAACAGAUCUUGGGGUUUGGCAAUUGUUUGGAUUUUUUUUCUUUCUGCAAUUGUGUGUAUGUAUGUUUGUGUGAAGAAAAACAGACUCUGUCCAGGUAGAAAUGGUGAAGAGGGGAAAGAGAAUUACAUUUCCAGGGUCAGAAACUUGGCAACAGUUUUUCCUAAAGUGACUCAGACACCACAGUAACAAUGCUCACAACAGUUUUUUCUAAAGUGACUCAGACACCACAGUAACAAUGCUCGCUGCAGUUUUAUUUUCACUUGAGAAAUAAAGAUUUCCUCCAAGCUACAUGAGGACUCUGGCACCCACCCACAAAGCAAGACCUGUAUUUAUAAGCUGAGGGCUCAGGGAGCCUAACUGCAGGAACUGUCAGGGCACUGCGACCCGUGCCCCCCUCCAGGCCCAUCACUGGGCGUUGGGGGGAUGUUUGGCAGCUGGGGGUAAGGAGACAACAGACCUCCGGAAGUAGAGCCAGAGCUAUGGCCUGACUGAAGCCCCUUGAUGUGCACGGGAAAUUUCUGCCCAGGAUCUCAGCCCCAGGCUGGUUGUUUUUACAAAUCUCUCUCAAAUUAUUAUUUUGGUGACAAAAUGAAGGAGCUUUGUAAAUUUUUUUAAAAUUUUGAAUCGUAUCAAGUAGUUGUUUACAUUUCUUGAAAAAAAUAGGAACUCUGGCAGCAGAAUCAGAUUGGCAGAAUCCUUAGACUAAACACGCAAUAAUCAAGUCUGCUGUUUCGGCCUUUUUUAGGAGAAGUGGUUGUAGUGUUUAGAAAUGUUUGGUCUUGCUUCUUGUAUUGCAUUUUUUUUUUCAAUAAACAACAACAAAAAGAA